GUUUGACUCAGCAGGUUGGCAGCGUGAAGAAACCCUAAUGGAACACUCAAAGCAAGCUCAGUACACUUCCAAAGAACACUCAAAGCCGGUUCACUACACUUCGAACGACAAGAAAGACACCGGAGACACCAGCUCGGUGCUCAACGGACACUUGGACGAGAUGGUGAAAAGACCACCUGCUGCUUCCCUGACUCCGGCCGUCGAGUCCGAGUCGAACCGGUCGACGGUGAUGGAGAGCUGGAAGGAGGAGCGCACCAGGAGCGUGGAGGACAACGAAAUGAGUCUGCCGUCCCUAGCCGCUGCCUUCACAACCAUCCUCAGGGGGCUCGGGGAGGACCCUCAGCGCCAAGGACUCGUCAAAACUCCCUGGAGAGCCGCAACUGCCAUGCAGUUCUUCACCAAGGGCUACCAGGAGACUAUCAUCGAUGUGCUCAACGAUGCCAUCUUUGACGAGGACCACGACGAGAUGGUGAUUGUCAAAGACAUUGACGUGUUCUCCAUGUGCGAACACCACCUGGUGCCCAUCAUUGGCAGGGUUCACAUUGGUUACCUCCCCAACAAGCGCGUCCUGGGCCUCAGCAAGCUGGCCAGGAUUGUUGAGAUCUACAGUCGCAGACUACAAGUUCAGGAGAGGUUGACCAAGCAAAUUGCUGUGGCCAUCACAGAAGCGCUGCAGCCAACUGGAGUCGGCGUUGUCAUGGAAGCAACUCACAUGUGCAUGGUGAUGCGAGGCGUCCAGAAGAUGAACAGCAAGACCAUCACCAGCACCAUGCUGGGCGUUUUCCGAGAGGAUCCCAAAACCCGCGAUGAGUUUCUGACACUGAUCAGGAGCUGAAGUCUCUCCUCCACCUGUUGCCUGUUGCCUCCGUUUGCACAGACCAGCUGAUCUGUCGUCUGUGUAUGUGGUGUCUAACUAUGUUGCCUUUUUAAACUAUGGUAGUACAGUAGAUCCCUGCUAGUUGCAGGGAUUACGAUUCAAGAGCCCUCCUCCCCGAAUGCCAAAAAAACGUGAAUAAUGGACGCACCCAUAAAAGGCCCUAAAAAUGCCUAUUUUUUUAUACUUUAAACCCUAUAAUAUAUGCCUCUCACAGUUAUUAAACACAUUUUACACUCAGUUUUACACAUUAAGAAACAAUUAUACACAGUAUUACACUUACCAAACGUGGCGUCAUCUUGUCAAAGCAUCUUCCUGCUGGAAAAUGUUGAGUGAAUUGACUUGUGAGACAGCGCCCUCUGCUGGAUUUAUAGCUGCAGCACUCAGCUGCAUAUAGCGCCUUCGAGCCACUUUCUAUUUACGUUACAAUGAAAAGAUAUAUUUAUAAAUCUGCGAAUACGCAGGAGCACGAAUAUCCCGACACAACUUUUUCACUUCGGAUACGAUACGGAUAUCGAUACGAUAUCUGCAUGACUCAUACAUAUUUUUAUUACUUAUUUUGUAGUGUGGAAUAUUAGAAAAGACUAGAUCAAUUGCGGUGUGAAGUGAAUUGACUUGUGAGACAGCUCCCUCUGCUGGAUUCAUAGCUGCAGCACUCUUUUCCCCUUUGCAGAUAGCGCCAUCAAACCACUUUCUGUUUAAGUUACCAUAAAAAUGAAUUUGCUACAAUCUAAAGCAGGAAAAACAAGGAGGAGCAAAGGAAUGCAAAUGUCUCUACCCAACUUUUUCACUUCCGACACGAUACUGAUGAUUUGAUAUCAGCAUGACUCAUACAUACUUUUACUUAUUUUGUGGUGUGGAAUGUUAAAAAAGGCUCGAUUAAUUGAAUUGUGAAGUGAAUCGACUUGGAAAACGGCACCCUCUGCCGGAUUCAUAACUGCAGCACUCUUUCCCCCCCUCCCCUGCACAUAGCGCCAUCAAACCACUUUCUAUUUAAUUUACCAUAAAAAAAAUAAUCACUUACAAUCUAAAGCAGAAUAAAACAAGGCGGCGCAAAGGAGCGCAUAUGUCCCAACACAACCUUUUCACUUACGUAUGAUACUGAUCCGAUGUCAGCAUGAAUUGUGAAUUAAUCAAACUGUGAAGUGAAUCUACUUGUGAGACGGCACCCUCUGCUGGAUACAUAGGCGCAGCAUUCCUUCCCCUGUAGAUAGCGCCAUCAAACCGCUUUUUAGUAGACAAAUAGGGAUCUACUGUAUAUACAGUACAUUCCUGAUGAGGUUUGUGAGGUCAAAUUGUGAGACUCCAUAAGUGUAGUACUGACUUGUGGGGUUGGAAUUGUUUCCCGAAUAAGCAUUUAUUGCAUUGAAGGUCAUGGUGUGUGUUUGUGUGUGUUUUCAAUUCAACAGAGAAAGGAGUGCACUUGACUUGCUUUACAGUUCUUUUGAAUCAAGUGAAGUUACAAUCCACGAGACACCGUACAAUAGCACUACACAUAUUACUGUGAUUUCUUCAUUGACAUUGUGUCUGCUGUUUAAAUCGACUGACCUCAUACUCCAAGAAAAAACACGAUCUUCCAUAAAGCAAUUUUUUUUAGAUGACUCAUUAUUUAGUUUAGAAAUGAAGCAAGUGUAUGAUUAAAACACAAAAUAAAGGCUUAAAAAUACUGCAAAUGUGGUUUAAAAAAAAAAAGUAACUACUUGUCACUAACGUCUGAACUGUUUACGAGUGGUUGUUACGUAGAGAUGGGGAAACUCGAUUUCUGUUACUGACUCGAGUUUUUGGAGUCACUCACUGAAGUGAAUCGGGAACUCCAUUCACUCGAAUCAGUCGUCAGAGAGCGCAUGUGCAUUAACUCGCACAAGCUCCUACCACAUCCCCGACAUGUUAUUUGGUUUCCUUUAUUCAUGUAGCCUAGCGGUAGAAGGAGUGUGUAAGCGGGUAGACGGAGUACCCGUGAGUCCCGAAACAGUAUAAAAAUCGCGAGUUUGAACCAUUCGUUCAUCACUAGCACAUUUCUUUUACAAUAUGACAGUAGUCUGAGUAUCCCCAAAAUGGCGGCGUGUCAGGUAAGCUAGCUUAUUUCCUAAAGCAUAUUAUUUACAAUUAAACGUAAUUUUAGACACAUUUAGCAAUUCUGAUGCUUUAAUAGAAUGUCAAGUAUUACAACUCAACUGUUCCUACUAUAUUUCGUCAAUUAAUUCAUGUAAAACAAGGUACAAAAGUAUCGUGCUUUUAACCUUAAAGUUGCUAUGAAGAGCCUGACGUGACGUAUUUGUCAAACUAGCAAACAUGCUAAUAAGCCACUCAAUACUUAUUUCACCGUUUCAAUUAUUUUGAAUGAAUGCAUAUUCUUUUGUUUAAUUCAAUGCAUAUUUGUGGUACUAAGCACCUAAAUGUUCAAGUUAUUUUCAGAUAAGGAAUAAAUUUACCAUGAACCUCCAAUGCAGUCUUUCCCUUGCAAGUGCCUGCCACAAAUACAUUUGGACCACCACAAAUACAUUUGGCACUACCUGUUCGCCCUCGUUAAUAAAUGCAUUACAAUGGGACGGGUCUGUGAAUGUAACUUGCCAUUACAACUUUUUAGCGAGAAUUGUAGCGGCCAAUUACCAUGUAUACCCCCCACCCCCUAACACAAACACACACACACACACACACACACAAA